AUGGCGAAUACGUCUUUUUGCAACGCACCGGCGUCUCGUAAUUGUUGGGGCGAAUACAGCAUUGAUACCGACUAUUACACAACAGUUCCUGAGACUGGCAAAGUGGUAGAAGUAUGGCUCUCUGCCGAAGAGACUGCUUGUAGCCCAGAUGGAUACGAGCGAACUUGCAUGACAUUCAACGGCACCGUGCCAGGACCACUUAUCACCGCCGACUGGGGUGACGAUCUCGUUAUUCAUGUAACCAACAACAUGAAAUCUAAUGGCACCUCCGUCCACUGGCAUGGAAUACGGAUGCUCAAUAACACCCAGAAUGACGGAGUUCCUGGAAUAUCGCAAUGCCCAAUCGCACCAGGGGAGACUUACACGUAUAAGUUUAGGGCUACCCAAUACGGAACAAGUUGGUACCAUAGUCAUUUUUCCCUGCAGUACGCGGAAGGUCUGUGGGGUCCUAUGAUUUUACGAGGACCGGCGACAGCAAACUACGAUGACGACCUCGGCACCCUUGUCCUCCAGGACUGGUCUCACACCCCUAUUUUUGGUGCAUGGGCUAACAAGCAGGAAUGGGGUAUCACACACGAGCUUGACAACAUCUUAAUCAACGGCACCAACAUAUUUGACUGCUCUGGUACCUCGGACCCACAUUGCACUGGCAAUGGCAAGAAAUUCGAGGCUAUUUUCCAACAUGGGAAAAAGUACCUGAUCCGGGUGUUAAAUGUUGCUCUCGAUAGCUAUUUCAACUUUCAUAUCGACGGUCACAACUUCACUGUAAUUGCCUCUGAUUUUGUCCCCAUCGAUCCGUAUGAGACGGAUAGCAUCAUGAUUAGCUCCGGCCAGCGAUACGAUAUCAUCGUCGACGCGAACGCCGAACCGGGGGAUUACUGGCUACGUAGUGGCUGGCAACCAGCCAGCGCCUGCCAAGGCGUUGCCAAUAGCCACCCUGACGACGGGACAGGUAUCAUUCGAUACGAACGCAAGUUAAUGAGCGCAGAAGAUCCGAUUACUAUUACAAGUGAAAUUUACGCCCAAAAGAGUUGUCACGACGAAUCGCUCGACCGCCUCGUACCCUACGUGAAGCGCGACGUUGGCAAAAUCGUCGACACCACGGUCGAGGACGUCAAUGUGCGGUUUAUCCAUAACGGCAUGUUUAAAUGGACCAUCAAUAGCAGCUUUUUGGAUAUUGACUGGGCGGAGCCAACAUUGAAGAAAGCUCUACAAGAGCCUUCGUUAGCUACAUUUCCGUCGGAGUACAAUGUCUUACCACUGAAUAAAACAGAUGAUGCUGAAGACCAAUGGGUUGCGAUCGUGAUCGAGAACGCGGCUGUUGCCUUGUAUGGAGGAAUGGCACACCCCAUUCACUUCCACGGCCACGACUUUUACAUCCUAGCGCAGGAACCGUACCUCAAAUGGGAUGGGAAGACCGACUCUUUCCAAUUGAAGAACCCACCAAGACGCGAUACCGCCAUGCUCCCCCCUAACGGCUAUCUUGCUGUUGCGAUUCAGCUGGACAACCCCGGCGCGUGGCUUGUCCAUUGCCAUAUUGCGUGGCACGCAUCUAUGGGGCUCGCGCUGGAGAUUGUCGAGAGCGCGGGUUCAAUCUUGGUUAGUAAUGCCGAAAAGAAGGAUUUUGAUGAUACGUGCUCGUCAUGGUCGAACUGGUGGAAUGCACCUGCCCCAUGGCCGAAGGAGGAUUCUGGCAUAUAGAAAUUCCGAUAAUAGGUGUAUUGAUGUAGGAAUAUCGUGAUUGCCCCGUCAAAGGAACCUGGAAAGGAGGGAGAUUUUUUGGGCUGUGGAAAAUUGUAUCAUAGGGCUCCCAGGGACCAAUCUGCCUCUUCGACCGAGGUACUAGGAAGUUAAAAGCAUCGAUAGAUAAUGCCCUUCUAUCUUAAACCAAUGAGUACAAUCUCCGAACGUGUUAGCUGGGGCAGAUUUAGGUUAUCUCAUUCUAAAUUGAAAGAAAUCAUGUCUAGACUCGGCCGAUAGAGCCCUUGCUAUCAAUAUGAUAGCAUUCCGCUUGCAUUGCUUUAUCUGCCAACCUUGGGACCUAGGAGCGCGUUGGCGAUUUCAGCCAACGUCUUGGCGAAGCAUAGGCGCUAGCUGGUAGAUAGAAGAUAUAACAAAAGACCACGACCAAUCUGUUUAAGUUAAGCCUUGUUACCUAGCUGGGUAGGUUAUAUAUCUAUGAGUCUAUCGUUAAGCUUGAUA